CUAGAUGUGGAUGGUAAUGGUUACAUCUGUGCCUCGGAACUCGCUGAACUCUUCCACAAGGUGGGCUGUUCCAUGCCCGGGUACCAGAUCAGAGAACUCCUCCAGAAGUUGGACAGAGACAACGACAGCCGCAUCAACCUUGAAGAGUUCACGUCUAUUUUCAAGGAAAUGAAGGAGGACCGCAUGUCCCAGAGUUUCAGGAAAGCUCUGAACAAGAAAGAAGGCACUAGCGCUCGGGGAACCAGCACCAUCUCUAGUGAAGGAACUCAGCAUUCCAUCUCUGAGCAGGAGCGCUUUGCCUUUGCCAACUACAUCAACUCUUCUCUGGAGAAGGAUCCAGACUGCAAACACGUCCUGCCCAUCAACCCCGAAACUGAAGCUCUGUUCAAAGCAGUGGCAGACGGCAUCAUACUUUGUAAACUCAUUAACCUUUCUGUCGCUGACACUAUUGAUGAGAGAACCAUCAAUAAAAAGAAACUCACAGCUUUCACCACUCAGGAGAAUCUGAACUUGGCUCUGAAUUCCGCCUCGGCCAUCGGCUGUCAAGUCGUCAACAUCGGCGCUCUAGAUCUGAAGGAGGGGAAACCUCACCUGGUGCUCGGACUCCUCUGGCAGAUCAUCAAGAUUGGACUGUUCGCCAACAUAGAGCUGAGCCGUAAUGAAGCUAUAGCAGCACUGCUGGAGGAAGGGGAGAGUCUGGAGGAGCUGAUGAAGCUCAGUCCUGAUGAGCUGCUGCUGCGCUGGGCCAAUUUCCACUUGAAGAAAGUUGGCAUGUCCAUAUCGAACUUUUCUGGAGACAUUAAGGACUCCAAGGCGUACUUCCACCUGCUAGAGCAGAUCGCUCCAGACGGCAGCAAAGAAGACGUCCCAAGGAUCGAGGUGGACAUGACUGGUCUUUAUGAGAAGGAUCUCACAAAGAGAGCAGAGUGUAUGCUAAAACAGGCCGACCGCCUCGGCUGCCGACAGUUUGUUACCGCCACCGAUGUCGUGUGUGGAAACGCCAAGCUCAACAUGGCCUUCGUGGCCACGCUCUUCAACAAACACCCGGCGCUCACCAAACCGGAGAACCAAGACUGGAUUCUGGAGAGCGAGACCAGAGAGGAGAGGACGUUCAGGAACUGGAUGAACUCUCUGGGAGUCAAUCCGCAUGUUCACCAUAUCUACGGUGAUCUGCAGAGCGCCAUGGUAAUUCUCCAGCUCUAUGAAAGGAUCAAGGUACCAGUGGACUGGGACAGCAGAGUCAACCACCCUCCAUUCAAGGGAGUAGGAGGAGGACAUUUAAAAAAGAUGGAAAACUGUACCUACGCUGUGGAGCUGGGAAAGACAAAAGCUGGUUUCUCCCUGGUGGGAAUCGGCGGACAGGACCUCUACGAUGGCAAUCAGACACUAACUCUGGCACUGGUGUGGCAGCUGAUGAGAAGGUACACGUUAAAUGUUCUUGAAGACCUUGGACAUGGAGAAGUCGCAGGAGACGAUUUAAUAGUUUCAUGGGUCAACAAGACUUUGGCUGGGGCCGGCAAGAGUUCCUCUAUCAAAAGCUUUAAGGACAAGGCAAUCGGUACCAGUAUACCAGUUCUGGACCUGAUCGAUGCCAUUCAGCCCCAGAGUGUGAACUUUGAGCUGGUUCAGCAAGGAAGUCUGUCAGACGAAGACAAACUGAACAAUGCCAAAUAUGCCGUUUCCAUGGCGAGAAAGAUUGGGGCCAAAGUCUACGCGCUGCCUGAGGACCUGGUGGAGAUCAACCCCAAAAUGGUGAUGACCAUCUUCGCCUGCCUGAUGGGGAGAGGCAUGAAUAGGGCGUAAAGGACACACACACACACACACACACACACACACACACACACACACACACACACACACACUGUCGUUGCCUGUGUGAUUGGAUGAUAUAUGAAGAGAGUGAACACACCUCUAUUUUCUUGUUCCUUUAAGCAGCCUUUCUUCUUUAGUUUUUCUGAAUCUGUUUUUCUUUGAGUGAUAGUGUCUGUGUCGUUGUCACAGUAAGAAACACUCAACUUCCCAUGUUGGCCAUAGAUAUGAAUGAAAGUGUGAAUGAGUUUGUCUAGAUCUGCCCAGUGCGUGCUGGGAUAGACUCCUGCCCAUUGAGAAAAUAAGUGAGUAAAAGGGUUUGUUUCUUUAAAUGUAAAGGCUGUGAUACAUGGGAACAUUUAAAGUCAAUGACUACUUAACAUCUAUCAGCGCUACUGAAAGCAAAUAAAUCAAGGUGAUGGUUCUUCCUCAGCAUUUCAGGUUGUUUUUAAAAAAAAAAAAAAAAACCUUUUUACUGCAGUCUCCUGGUCUUGCUUGCUGCAUUGCCUCAAGGUUUCCCAUGUGUCACUGCCUCAUGAUAUGGCCACUCAGUUCUGCUGUAUCCUCCAAUGUGCCAGCCAAUUCAAAGUUUGAGCAUUUAUUGUACUUAAGCCAUAAUACAAUUUUCACCUUUACACCUUUCGGCCUUUUAAAAAAAAUAUAUGACCAAAGCUGUGGUAUACUAUAGGCCGUUUAUGUCACUAAAAACUGUAAAACAUUUAAGUCCAUUUACUAACCCUGAAUACAGAUGUAAUUAAGGCUGUUUAAUGGUAUUGUAAGGGGAUGAUUAGUCGAUAGAUAAAUGGAUGUAAUAUAUUUCAACAAGGCACAAAUUUAGGUAUUAAUGGAUCAUCUUUAAGGACUUUUUAAGGGGUUAAACCAAACACUGACCAAAUGAAUGCAUGAAUGUCAUAUCUUAAUAGAAAUCUUAACAAGGGUCUUAAUUCUACAAUAAUUGUGACAGUUAUGCUAUUGGGCUAUUAGAGAAUUUGCAGAUAAUCCAUUAAACUCAGUUGAUAUACAAUACAUGUAUCAAUGAGUUGACCCAUAUUAAAUUUAUCCAGAAAAAACAAUAUAUUACAACCCAUUAAUGUGUCCAUUAUAUAUUCUAUUAAAUCUGGGGGUAUUAAAAGACCUGAAUGCUGUAUAAGAAUUCCUUAAAAUUGAUUUGCACCUUAAAAUAGUUCUGACCCCUAACUCUUAUCAAACCUCAUUAUUAAAACACUUUGAAGCUUCCAUUUUAGAGAAAUAAAAGUUAAUCUAUGCAACAGAUUCUUUUCUAAAUUGUUGACAUCUGAAAUGAAUAAACAGCCAUGAUCGAAAUGUGACUUUAGUUGUAAAACACAUUCUAAGACUGUUUUCUAUUACUGCCUUAGUCUAAAAUAUAAUUUUUUUUUGUCUUAAUGCUGCAGCUGAAUAUGUGGAUAUGUUUAAACAUUUCCCAGGUCUAUUGCUGCUGAUGUUAACAUUCCACUACUGUUCAGUUUUUUUCUUUUAUCCCAAAUGUUGAACUUUAUCGGACCUCUGGAAUUUCACUGUGGGCAAAAUGAUUGCUUGACAUGAAGCAAUACUUCCAAAACUCUGUACGAUCAGAUGUGAUGUUCAAAUAAUGUUCAAUAAAAACAUUUUCCAUGA